AUGCACCCACCAACCAUGUCGAAUAAACAGACUCAAACUUCACUUUCGGGGACUGACUUCGGAUCGGCCGAUGAUUCAGCCAGCAUGAGAACUUUGUUCGAAGAUGCAAGGACAUACCAAUUAUCAGCCCCCAUGGAGGCGAAUGAAAGCCAGGCGAAUGAAAGUGUUGACGCAGCCCCUAAUGAAAAGGAGGCAGCUAUUGUGGACUGGAGUGGCCCCAAUGACCCAGAAAACCCCCAGAAUUUCCCCAGGUGGAGGAAGUGGACGAUCACAAUCAUGCUAGGGCUCAUGACAAUCUGUGUCACAUUCGCCUCUUCAGUCUUCAGCACGGCGACAAAAGUGACAGGCAAGAAGUUUCAUGUCUCUUCUGAAGUCAUGGUCCUAGCCGUCAGCCUUUUUGUGUUGGGCUUUGCUUUUGGCCCUGUAAUAUUUGGCCCCUUGUCCGAGCUACAUGGGCGGAAGAAACCCCUCUUUAACCUGCAGACCAUCUUCAUAUGUCGAUUCUUGGGUGGAGUCUUUGCGAGUGCUCCCCUUGCCAUUGUCUCUGGUGUAUUGGGCGAUAUGUUUGAGCCGGUGGAACGUGGGAUUGCAAUGUCCAUUUUCGCUAGCGCAACCUUUGUAGGCCCAGUUGCGGGGCCCAUUGUCGGUGGAUUCGUGGUGAUUUCCUUCCUUGGCUGGCGCUGGACAGAGUAUAUCACGGCAAUUUGGGCUUUUGCAUUCUCUGCUAUCGGCCUUUUUGUCAUCCCCGAGACAUUUGAGGGGACUAUACUCACCCAACGUGCCAAAAGACAACGGGUCGAAACCGGCAAUUGGGCUCUCCAUGCUAGAGCGGAAGAGAAAGUCGUCAGCCUUCGAGAUAUCAUGACGCGGUAUAUCCUUCGACCGUUUCAAAUGCUAGCGCUGGAGCCGAUUUUGCUCCUGGUGACGCUGUAUGUUGGGUUCAUAUAUGGGUUUUUGUACAUUACCUUCGUGGCCUAUCCGAUUUCAUUCCAGGAGCAACGUGAGUGGGACGAAGGAGUCGGUGCCUUGCCCUUCAUCGCCAUCAUCUGUGGUGUAUUUGUUGGGUGUUUGAUCAUUGUCGCCUUUUCUGUAACCCGCUACCGAGAGAUCAUUCGCCGCACAGGAAUUGUUAGCCCCGAAGAAAGGCUGAUCCCGAUGGCCAUAGGAGGUAUCUUCCUACCUAUAGGGAUGUUUUGGUUUGGAUGGACAUCAAGCCCGAGUAUUUCAUGGGUUCCCCAAGUCAUCUCGGGGAGCUUUUUGGGGGCAGGGGUCUUGCUUAUCUUCUUGCAGGGACUCAACUAUAUCGUUGAUGUGUAUCCCAUGUAUACCAACUCCGCGAUAGCAGCAAAUUCAUUGUUUCGCUCUCUGUUGGGAGCCGGGUUCCCAUUGUUCGCCUCGGCCAUGUUUCACAACCUUGGCGUGAAUUGGGCAAUGACCCUGUUGGGCUGCUUAACUACCCUUCUGUUCCCAGUGCCCAUCGUGUUUUUCAUAUAUGGUCCAAAGAUCCGGUCCUGGAGUAAGUUCAGCGUGAAGAACGGAUGA